UAGGAUUUGGGUUGUUUGUUUGUUUGGUUUGAGUUUUCAUGCCAGAAGGGUUAGAAACGUAUUUCUGUGGCUAAGAUACUGCAAGUAGUUUGUGAAAAUUCGCGCCGUUUGUGAUUCUCAGUCACAAGAUUUUCUAUAGCCCGCAAUUUUUGUGAGGUUUUAAGUAGGACUGUUUUCCAUGUUUUAACCAAGGCAGAUUUAGUCCUAGCUGAACCGCGGAUUGCGGAUUCACCUGAUGAUGGCCCAACCUUUGAGCUCAGCGAUCGACACUGCAUUCAAAAGCAAUAUCGUGCCGGAUCAGGAAUAUCUUCUUCAAGGGAGUGUGCUGGACAAAGUCGUAGAGGUCCUCCUCCACAGGUUGCGAGGACUCUGCGAUAAUGUUGACUCAGGACCCGAGCCCUUUCAGGACCACGAGAUGUGUUUCACAAUCCGUACAACACCAACUCCAUUGAACCUACGUGUUCGGCGAGCCCUUGAUCAUCAAGAGAUGCCUUGGCAGUUGCGAUAUAUAGGACAACCUGAAUAUGGUGACAAAAUGAGACCCACUAUCAUUCGUAGCAGUAUUGACAUAGGAUGCAGUGCUACGGUAGUAGAGUUCUUGACAGAACUAGGAUGCCGCAUGGAGUUUGAAUAUAUUGCCAGAGGCUACAUGUUCCGUAAAGGGCGUAUGAAAAUAACAGUUUCCAAAGUAUUUAAGAUGAAUCAAAAUAAAUCUCAAGAAAGUAUGGAACCGCUCUCGGAGUCUUACUUAGUAGAGUUGAGUGUGUUGGCACCAAGGGGCCAAGAUGCAAUUGCUGAAGACAUGAGAAGUUUUGCAGAACAACUUCGGCCCCUAGUAAACCUAGACAAGGUUGACUUCAAGCGCUUGGUUCAUGGACCCCCCUAAAUUUGUAAAUGAGCAUCAAAUGUUACUCAGAAUACAAUCCUCCUUUUCAGUGGUACAAGUGAAAAGGCAUUUA